UGCAAGCAGCAUGACUGGUCAACUCCCAACUUCCCCUUCCUCUUGCUUGCGUGACGCGUUCCUCAUGCCUUCGUUAAGUAGAAAUAUGGCCUUAUUUCCACACUAUUUCCACCGUUCCUGAUUGGGCCGUAAGUCAGGUCAAUCCUGCCGAACCUCGAUCGUAGAUUCCAGCAACCCUCUAUUCUGCCAUGCUCUCCCAAUUCUAGCCAACGCCGAAUCGAGGCGGAUCGACGGCUAUCGAUAGCCUCAGGCCGUAAGGAAAUCGACGGCUUUUAGAAUCCUAGCAUCUCUCGAUUCUGAAAGCCGUCGAUUCGCUGGAAGCAGAUAUCCCGGCGAUGGAUCCUGCCACGAUCGCCAAGGCAGCGAAUCCGUGGGUGCCACGUGGACGCGUGAGAGAUGAGAAGGAGAAGGUCCUGCGAACCGUGCAAGGUAUCUUAAACAAGCUCACUCCUGAGAUGUUUGCUCCGCUCGUCCAGCAGCUCCUGAGUUCCGGCAUCAACACACCUCAAAUCCUCCAGGAGGUUAUCUCUCUGGUUUUCACCAAGGCCGUGGACGAGCCUACCUUCUGCCCCAUGUACGCUGCCCUCUGCGAAAAUCUUUCCCGAGGCCUGCCCGAGUUUCCCGCAGCCAAUGGGGGGGAGGGGAAGGGUGAAGGGGCAGGAGGGGAGCCGAUUUCCUUCCGCCGCGUUCUGAUCGGCACGUGCCAGGAGGAGUUUGAGCGCGCUGCUGUAUUGAGAGAGCAGGCUGGCGAGCUUCCAGAGUCGUUGCAGGAAGGAAGUGCGGAAGGGGAAGAGGGAGGAGACGCGGAGGGAGAAGCGGAGGGAGAAGGGGAGGGAGAAGGGGAGGGAGAAGGGGAGGGAGAAGGGGAGGGAGAAGGGGAGGGAGAAGGGGAGGGAGAAGGGGAGGGAGAAGGGGAGGGAGAAGGGGAGGGAGAAGGGGAGGGGGGAUUCAAAGAAGGGAGAGGGGGAGAUGGUGGAAGAGAGUGUCUGGAAGCAAACGAGAGGGGAGACGAGGGGGCGGGGAGGGUUGAGGAGAAAGAGAGAAGGGAGGAUGAUGAAAGGGAGAGGAGGGAGAGGGAGAGAGGGGAGGAGAAGGAGCAGCGGAGAGCCAAGGCACGGACUUUGGGGAACAUUCGGCUCAUUGGGGAGCUGUUUCUUCAGAGGAUGAUUCCAGAGAAGGUCAUUCACGCGUGCAUGCAGAAUUUGCUAGGAGACCCUGCAUCCGUCCCUCCUCCCUCGCAUGUAGAGGCUGCCUGUGUGCUGCUCACGAUAACAGGGGGGCCUAUGGAGAGGAGCGGGAAAGCACCGCUGCUGCUGCAGGGAUACCUUCGGCAUAUAAAAUAUUUAGCUAAGUACCAGGGAGCUGAGAAGGACUUGGUCAGCGCAUCCAGGAGCACACUUAGCCGUUUGUACCUUCAGCUAAAGCAGCGGGAGCAGCAGCAGCAGCAGGAGCAGCAGCAGCAGCAGCAACAUCUUCAGCAGCACACUCAGCAGUCUCCCCUCCCUCCCCUUACUCCUUCACUGCCUCAUACCCUCCCUCCUCCCCUCUCUUCUCGCCUUCGCUUCAUGUGUCGAGAAUUGCUAGAGCUUCGGAGGAACGGGUGGGUGCCUCGUAAAGAGGGUGAUACUGCCAAGCCUAUCAAGCAGGUUUGGGCCGAAGCACAGGCAGAGCUAGGGUUGGUGGGAGGCAUGGGAAUGCAUGGAGGGGUGGGCAUGCAUGGAGGAGUGGGCAUGCACGGAGGCAUGGGAAUGCAUGGAGGGGUGGGCAUGCACGGAGGCAUGGGAAUGCAUGGAGGGGUGGGCAUGCAUGGAGGGGUGAGACUGGAAGGCAUGGGACUGGAAGGCAUGGGACUGGAAGGCAUGGGAAUAGGAGGGAUGGGCAUGCAUGGAGGAGUGGGAAUGGGAAGGAUGGGAUGGCAGGGAGGUGUGGGGAUGGGAGGAGAAGUUGCAGGGUUACAUACCACAUCACCGCUGCCAUCAGUAGUAGUGCCGCUACCAGUACUGCCCUCACAAGUAGUGCCUUUACCGGUAGUGCCUUCCCCAGUAGCAGCUGCAGCAGGGGCAAGAGCAGCAGCAGUAACCUCGGGAGCACCAGCAGCAGCAGAAGCAGCCGACUGGGAAUCUCAACUAGCUAUCACCAUCCUGAAAUCUCUACUCCAAGGGCUGAACACGGUACCAAUCAACAACCCCGCACCUAGCACAUCUGGCCCAUCAGCCUUAGCAGGAACGCUGCAUACCCUCUCAGUGCCGCCGCAGCAGCUUCAACCGCCUCCUAUCAGCACAAAGCUUGAUGUAGCCCGAGUGGUGAACAGUGGAGUGCUGACAGCACAGCAGGCUCUGGGACCCCAUCCCCCUAGAGACUGUGCCGCUCGCUUCGUGCUGCAGAUGAUGCGGCAUGGUGCUGCAGCUGCUUCUGUUGCCGCUGAGGCUGAUGCUGCUGCCGCCGUCGCUGCUGCUGCUGCUGCUGGUGAUGCCGCUGAAGCUGCUGCUGCUGGUGACGCUGCUUCAGCUGAAUCCGGAUCAUCCUCUGCCAACUCAGUUCCUGCGGACCCCUGUCCUGCUGCUGCAGCCAUUGCUGAAUUUCCUGAUGCUAAUGCAUCUCCUGCCGUUCGUCCCUCUUCAGGAUCCAACGGCUGCAAAUCACAGGCGUUACCAGCCAGCCAAUCACAGCAGCUGCUCAUGCCCAUCGGCCAAUCAGCUCGCUCGAUUCUUGACUCAGUGGGUCUCCUUCUCGACAGCCUGGCAGCCAGAAAAGCUUUGCCUGACGGAUCGCUGACAAAUGGCGCAUUGUCAUUCGCCCGGCUGUUCGGGAAAGGCGGCAUCUCCAACAGUAACAGUCACAGUAACAGGAGUGAGAUUGUAACCAACCGUACAGUGAUUGUUGCUCGCUCUACCAACAUACCCAAUACACCACCACCAAAAACAGCCCCAGAAAAGUCUGCACUGUGGAAUUCCCAGGUUUUAGGUCAGUGGCUGGGUCGGUUCGUGGGUACGGGGCAGAUGGGGUUUGGAGUGGUUCAAGAGGCAUGUGAAAGGGUGGUGUGCGGUCCGUACAGGCGUGCGCUGCUGCUAGCAGCGCUAGUGGGAGCGAGGGCAGCAACAGUAGGGUGUAAAUGGGUAAAAGCGUUACGAGGCGCCGGGGCAGAGGGAGUGGUAAAGAUGGGGGUAGGACCGGGGGAGAGGCAGGAGGACGUGCUUCCUUUGCUCAAGAAAUGCGCUGUAGAGAUGGACCUCUCGCACCAUGUAUGGGAGCUCUAACUUGGUGUGAUGUGAUGAUGUGUGUAUUUGGUGUGUAUUGGAGCUCUAACAUAACAUGGUUUUAAAACCAUGUGUGAUGAUGCUGAGUAUUCGGUGUAACUUGGUCCACCCUAGGUUCAGUUCCGAUGCCAGC